AUGCCAUUCAUCUCGACAAGAUUCUUCACUCGACCUUCGACCUUGGGCUGCUUACUCUCGUUCUCACACCUAGCCAAUCACCCCCAAACCGCCCAACAGGCAUUCAUGGCUUCUUCAGUUGAAAAAAAAGAUACUGCCAUAUUUGCUUCUGGUUGCUUUUGGGGAACAGAGCAUAUCUUCCGUCAACACUAUGGUCGUGGCAAAGGACUCUUCGGCGCCAAAGUUGGCUAUACAGGCGGUUCAGUGCACAAUCCUACGUACAAACAGAUUUGCACAGGUACCACGCAGCACGCAGAGAGUGUCAAACUUGAAUUCGAUCCAUCGAUAGUAUCCUACUCGGAACUCGUUGAGUUUUUUUACAGGACCCACGAUGCCUCACACUAUAACCAUCAGGGUCCCGAUCGCGGUACUCAAUACCGAUCGGCAAUUUUCUACUUGAACGAUGAUCAGCGCCAAGUGGCCGAGGAAGUGACGAAGGAAAUCGAAGAGAAGCAUUAUAAAUCCAAAGGGAAAAAAAUAGUUACCGUGAUCGAGAAGUUUGAGCAAUGGUGGGAUGCUGAGGACUAUCAUCAGAAUUAUCUUCACAAGAAUCCAGGCGGAUAUGAGUGUCCCACUCAUCGUUUGCACUGGUAG